AUGAAGUAUGGCACACCGCUAUCGGACGCGUCAGGAUAUGGCCGGCCGCUCGAUCUGCUCGGCGUCGUCGUUGACCGCGAAGUAGCUGGUGCUGGUGAGCACGGUCGUUCGGACCUGUGGCGACGCGAGGAUCAAUACAAUCCGUGGAUAUUCGAAGAGUCGGCGCACGAAGCGCCCACGAAGCCAAGGAGCCCCCCACUCAUGCCCGGCCACACCAUCCGACUUCACCGCGUGUUCAAGGCCCCGCCCGAGCGCGUGUAUCGCGCGUUCCUCGAGCCGGAGGCGCUGGUGCGGUGGAUGGCGCCGUACGGGUUCACGGCGGCGGUGCACUCGAUCGAUGCGCGUGUCGGCGGCGGGUACAAGAUGUCGUUCACGAACUUCGGGACGGGGAGCACGCACUCGUUCGGCGGGACGUACACGGAACUCGUACCCAACGAGCUGAUCCGCUACACGGACGCGUUCGACGACCCGAAUCUCCCGGGCGAGAUGGCGAUGACGGUCUCGUUCAAGAAGGUGAUGUGCGGGACGGAGCUGACGAUCGAGCAAGCCGGGGUGCCCGAAGCGAUCCCGGCGGAGAUGUGCUACCUGGGGUGGCAGGAGUCGCUCGAGCAGCUGGCGCGCCUCGUCGAGCCGGAGAUCCCGGACGGCGCUCUUCGCUUGAAUCGCGCCCGCAUCGCCGCGUUGCAGUACUUCGUCCGUCCGAUCCGCGACUUCUCGGAGUUCCGCGACCAGGUCGCGGGGCUCGUGCACACCGCGGCGGAUUACGACUGCGACCUGCUCGUGUUCCCGGAGUACUUCACGGUCCAGCUGCUCACGCUCGGCGACAUCCGCCGGCCGAUGGACGAGCAGAUCCGCGACCUGUCGCGCCGGGUGCCGGAUUACCUGGAGGUGUUCGAGUCGCUCUCGCGGUCGUGCGGGAUUCACAUCGUCGCGGGCUCGAUCGCGACGCCCGACCCGGGCGACGCGGAGACGGUCUACAACGACAGCUACUUCUUCGCGUCCGACGGGACGCACUCGCUCCAGGGCAAGCUGAACAUGACUCGGUUCGAGAAGGACGUCUGGCGGGUGAGCCCGCGGGACACCCUGCGCAUCUUCGAAACGCCGUUCGGGCGGGUGGCGAUCACGAUCUGCUACGACGUGGAGUUCCCCGAGGUGUGCCGGGCGGCGGCGCAGGCGGGGGCGGUGAUCCUCGUGGUGCCGAGCUACACGGACGACCGGCAGGGGUUCGUGCGCGUGCGGUACUGCGCGCAGGCGCGGGCGAUCGAGAACCAGAUGUUCGUGGUGAACGCGGGGACGGUCGGGUCGCUGCCCUCGGUGCCGGCGGUGUCGCUCAACUACGGGCAGGCGUCGAUCCUGACGCCGAGCGAUUUCCCGUUCGCGCGCGACGGGGUGCUCGCGGAGGGGAUCCCGAACCAGGAGACGAUGGUGAUCGGCGAGGUGGCGCUGGACGUGCUGCGGCGCAACCGCGCGCACGGAACGGUGCGCCCGCUCCUUGACAGCAAGACGAUGAAGACGCCUCGGAUCGAGCCGGUCGCGCUUCCGGUCGCGGGGAGCGCUCCGUCGCCGCCCAGGCCGCAGCGUCCGCGCCGUCGGAUCGUGAUCCGCAACGCGGCGCCGGAGCACUUCAAGGGGAUCGCCGAGAUCGCGAGCCUGAUCUAUCCGGACAUCACGCCGUGGAGCGACGAGUACCUCGAGUCGCACCUCAACGUGUUCCCGCAGGGGCAGAUCGUGGCGAUCGAGCAGCGGACGGGGCUCGUCGUGGGCGUGUGCUCGGGGCUCGUCAUCGACUGGGACAAGCAGCCGGACACGAGCACGUGGAACGCGCUGACGGCGGGCGGGAUGUACACGAACCACGACCCGAUCAACGGGAGCACGCUCUUCGCGGCGGACGUGAUGGUGCGGCCCGGGUUCCAGGGCUCGGGGAUCGGGCGCCGGCUGUACGACCGCGGGCGGUUCGACCUGGCGAGGCAGCUCGGUCUCUGGCGGAUCGUGGCAGGGUCGCGGCUGCGCGGGUACCACCGGUUCGCGGAAUCGAUGUCGGCCGAGGAGUACGUCGUCGAGGUGGUGAAUGGGCGGCUCAACGACCCGACGCUCUCGUUCCAGCUGCACCUGGGGUUCCGCGUGACGGGGGUGGUGAGCGGGUACUUCGGGGGGGACCCGGAGAGCCGGGGGUGGGCGGCGGUGAUCGAGUGGCUCAACGACGAGGUCGCGGGACCGGACGACCACCUGCGUGGCGACCCGCGGUUUGCGCCGGAGAAGUAA